GAGACCCCACACAGCACCAUCUUCAACCCUAACUCCGACCCAUUUUCUCUCUCACCGAACCGACGGAACCUUUGUCUCUCACUUCUCUCUCUCUCUCUCUCUCUCUGAGUUUUUGUUAGCGUCUGGUAAUGGGGAAAUACAUGAGGAAGAGCAAAAUCGACGGAGAAGCAAUAUCUUUGCUGGAAGUAUCUCCUUCUUCUCCUUCUUCUUCCCUCGGUGUUCUUACUCGAGCUAAGUCCUUAGCGCUCCAACGAAAGCCCUCCUCUUCCUUCUCGCUACCGACUUCUCCUUCUCCUUCUCCUAAUCAGAAGACGAGUGAUUGUGGCGGCUCCUAUCUUCAGCUAAGGAGUCGACGGCUCCAGAAGAAACCUCCAAUUGUUGUGAUCAAACGGAGAAAGCAGCAGCAGCGGAGGAAAGAGUCUUGCGGCCGAAGCCCUAAGCCAGAUUCAGUUGUUGAGAGUGGUGUCGGUAGCAAAGAGAAGGUAUUAAAUGAUGAAAUCAACAACAAGGGUUCAACUUCGCUUGAGGAGAAUUUAUUGGAGCUUCAGGGUAAUGAAAGCUUAAACAGGAGCACAAGUGAAUCCACACCAUGCACUUUGAAAAGAGAGGCUGAGAUCAACACAAGUCUGGGAUCGUCCACAAAGCUUAACAAUGGUAUUAGUGACAACAGCGACCAAAUAGAAGAGAACUUGUCGGGCAGUCACCGUCCAACUACGCCUGAUAUGGACAGGUUUUUCUCGGGUGCAGAAGAAGAACAACAGAAGCAGUUCAUUGAAAAGUACAACUUUGACCCUGUGAACGAACAACCACUACCAGGAAGGUUUGAAUGGGAGAAGGUAGAUAAUUAAUAGAGGGAGGGGGGGUUAAUAGUUAAUACAUAAUUUAGUUACAUUUUCAUGCUAAUCACCAUAGGUUUGAUCUUAUUUCCAUCAUCCGUUUCUUAACUUUUUCCAACAUGUAAAGAAGUUAGGAUAAAAAAAAACUACAUGUAGCGUUUUUCAAAUUGGUGUCUGUAACAUAAGUGGGCUUUAAAGGGGGGUUUGUGUAACACAUAACUGAUACCAACCCUUUUUAAGCCUAAAACAGAUCACCUUAGUACUAGUAGCGUUUAGGAGUCAUGCAUUCUCUUGUAACUCUUUCAUGUGACCAUUUUAAAAUCUAUCCUUUUGUGUGUAAACAUGUUACAUGUACUGAUCUCAACUCAAUAAAGAUUUACCCAUUUUCUUGUCA